AUGUUAUGUGCAGAAGCUGGACUGAUGAAGUUAUUAGAUCAUAAAAAUGUAGUAAACUGCUACGAUUCUUGGAUUGAUUACGAGGCUAAAACAAUAAACAUGAUUACUGAGUAUUUUCCUUCAGGAAACUUGUUACAGUAUCUCAGAAAUCAUACAAUAUCAGGUCAUAAUGCAAUUCAGAAUUGGUCAAAACAGAUUCUGAAAGGAAUUGCUUAUCUUCACAGUCAAACACCGCGAAUUGUACACCGUGACAUUGUCUGCGAGCACAUUUAUGUGAAUGGAGAGACAGGAGAUGUAAAAAUCGGAGGAUUCGGGUUUGCGUGUUUUCUUGACGAGAGGUUAUGUAAUCAGAGAUGGGUUGGAUCACGUUACAAGUCAGUAGAGUUUGCUGUAGGAUGUUAUAACGAGCUGGUGGACAUUUACUCAUUCGGAACGUGCGUGCUAGAGAUGGUCUGGGCAAACAAAUCCAGUGUGAAGGAAACGAUGGAGUUACAUAGACAAGUGCGUUUAGGCGGCCUUGAUUUUGUUGAAAUACAGAAAGUGGCAGAAGACGAUGCUGAAGUUCAUCAGUUUACUCAAAGGUGUUUAUUGGCUUUUGAUUGA